AUGCCACUCUCAGUUCUAACAGCUUUGGGCCUGCUUUUUUUUGUCAGCCCAAUCUACAAGCUCCGCCUUGGCACCAAGCUCGCUGUCAUCAUCACCUCCCCCUCCCUCGUCCGCCAGGUCCUCAAGGACCAUGACGUCAUCUUCGCCAACCACGACGUCCCUGUUGCCGGCCUGGCCGCCACGUACGGCGGUUUCGACAUCGCCUGGACCCCGUACGGCCCCGAGUGGUGGAUGCUGCGGAAGGUUUGCGUGCUCCAGAUGCUCAGCAAGACCACGCUCGACUCCGUCCACGAUCUCCUCCGCAAGCAGGUCCGGCCAACGGUGGGGUUCUUCUACGGCCGGGUCAAGUCGUCGGUGAACGUGGGGGAGCAGAUGUUUCUGAACACACUGAACGUGGUUACCAACAUGCUGUGGGGCGGAACUGUGAGGGAGGAGGCACCUGGCUCGGGAGGCGUGGUGAAGCAGAUGGAGGGAAUUGUGAAGAGGUUUGACGCGAUAUUUGGAAAGGUGAUAGACAAACGGCUGAGGAUGGAGAAGGAAGGUGAUAAGGCUGAGAGGACUCAGAGGAAUGAGCUUGAUGUGGGAAGAAGAGGAUCCUCCAUGGUUGAAGUGUGA